AUGGCUUUUUCUAUAUCAGUUUUAAUCAUCGUCAUCUUUGCGCAUCUCUUUGCUUUUUUCUAUGCUUUUCGCGCCGAAGUAAAUCGUUACUGGGCUGAAGAGCUUCCCAACGACGACGGAACUAUCUGCGUAUACACCACCGAUGCUUCCACCUUCUACGGAUUUGUUGCCUUCUCCUUCCUUCUUGUAAAUCAAGUUUUCCUUAACCUCAUCACUAGAUGUUUCUGUUGCGGGAAAGGUCUCGUCCCUGGACGCUCAACCAGUUGCGCCAUCAUCUGUUACAUUCUCUCAUGGAUUGGGUUUUUGGCAGCAGAGGCAUGCUUGUUAGUAGGAUCUACUACGAGUGCAUACAAGACAAAAUAUCAAGGGUAUUAUUCGACGCUUGGUUUGUCUUGCAGCGCACUUCGCAAAGGCGUGUUUGCGGUCGGGGCUGUCUUGACCUUGUUUUCAAUGUUGACUUCAAUUUUGUACUAUUGGGCAUAUUGCAAAGCUGACAUCGCUGAUUUUUGGAUGAGACACCAAAAUGAAGAUAUUGAAAUGGACACACGUAAUCAUGUUCCUGAAAGGCAAUGA